AUCCAAACAUGGAAGCAAACACAAAACAGAAACAGGAUACACAAAUGCAGGAAGAAAAGAGUUUAGAAGUAGAGGACGAGGCCAGAAGUGCAGCAGGAGGAGGAGGAGUGGUGCAGCCUCCUUUGGGCGAUGGUGUGGAAUUGGUAUCCGUGUACAAUGUACCCUUUCCAUUGCCAGAACAAACGAUUCCCGAGCUCUGUCGCGAUGAGUAUCUAAAGAACAUUCUCCUGCCCUACCGCACAGUGGUGGAGAAGAGAAAGCGCACAGAAGACUCCCGCGAGUUGCUGUACCUCGACGAUGAUGGGCCCGAGAAGACGCCCGAGGCAUUGGCCAUCAAGCAGAUGAUACGACAGACCCGACUGUGGUCCACCCAGCGCUCCAAAGUGGUGAGCAUCAUCCAGCGGCGCACCGUGCGGCUGUACGAGUUCGCGUUGGAGUGCCAAAAGGCGUCCGUUGACUUUAUGCUGCCACGCCUGCGCAAGCAACUCGGACUCUUCAGCAAUCCCUGGCCCGGGGAGAUCAACGAGAUGCCGAAUAAUCUGUUUAACUGGUCGGUGGACUACUUCAUGCAACGUUUGCAUGUCAAUCAGUUGUAUCUGGAUGUCAUACAGCGGGAGCGAUCCAGCAGCGACUUGGAUUGCAUCAAAUUUCGCACGGAUCUGCACGAGAUAAUAUCGCUGCUGCAGGAGGUCAGAGAUGACUUUAUCGAUGGUCGCGAUAUAUGCCAAUAUUCCAUGAGAUUGAUUCAUGAUGCCAAAUACAUCACCAACUCGGAUUGGAUUAAUGACAUUAACAAGGCGCGACAGCUGCAGGAGGAGCUGCAGUACAACACCUUCACCAAUCAUGGCUCAAGAAACUACAGAAGGAGCACCGUUGAUCGUCAGUCGAACCUGAAAAUUGAAUUCGAGCAUGAGCAGGCUGUUGGACCCAUUGAUCUGCGUUAUCGCAUCAAUUGGAUGCACAGCUGCAUCGAUCAGAAACUGAUGAAACUCACGGGCAAAGAGGAUCUCUUGGAGAAAGAACUGAAUGAAGUUAGGACCCACAUGAAGCAGGACGCACUGGUGCACAAUACGGCGGAGCUCGUGAUCGCCAAUCAGGCUGCAUCGUUUAAGACUCAAAUCAAAGAAUGGGAAGAUAAGCUGGAAACCGAUCUGGAGAAUGCCGAAUUGCUGUGCAGCCAAACCAGCAACAACUUGCAAAAGGUCAAGGAUGAUCUUGUGUUCUACAAGGAGCAGCAGGAAAUGUACAAGCAGCGGAUAAUCGAGGUCAGAGCACAAAUCGAACAGGAGGAACAGGAGCGCAUACAGGAGACGGAAAGACGCGCCUUUUCCUUGUCUCAAAAAACAUUGCCAAAGCAGAAACGACAAUCAAAGGAUAAGAAAAAGAAAUUCUAAAGUCAUUCAAUCAAUCAAUUGUAUUUAUGUUGGCAACCCAAACAAAAUAAUCAACAAAUAAUCAUAGAAAUAUGUACA